AAGCAUUUCACUGAACACACACAUGUACUGAGGAGUAGGAUGAAGAUGGAGCUGCACACAAGUAUUCACCGCCUGUAGUUGAUAUAACAUGAAGAUUUUACCAAAUAUCUUCCAGUUUUGAGGAUUUGGAAAGGACAAUGUUGACAUUCACUGUGCACGUUUGGAUAUUAUGGUUGCUUUAUGCAGGGACUCUCUCAGACAAGAACAUAACUGGCUGUGAAGAGCGGCCGUGCCAAAACGGUGGCGUAUGUGAGAGCCACAGUGGAGGUUCCAGAUGCCUUUGCUCCCGGCAGAGCCAAAACGGGCGUCUGUACGGGGGCGACACCUGCACCGUCGCACUUUCCGGCUGCGACGCCAACCAGUGUGUGAACGGAGGAAUAUGCUCCCCUCUGCUUGUCGACGGUGAACACACUUACACAUGCCUCUGCCUUGCUGGAUUCACAGGCCCGACAUGCCAGACACCCACUGUGUUUUCAUUCGAGUCCCGGGGUUAUAUGUACAUAGACACCCACUUUCUGGAUCCACAAGCCCCUGUUAAUGUUACAUUCAGCUUCAGGACAGCUAGGCUGGUGGGCACCCUCUUACAGCACAGAACAGGUGACCUUCUCCUUAGUGUCGAGCUCAGAGAUGGGUAUCUGUGCCUCCAGAGUCGCAGAGGUCAAGGAUCCAGAACCCUGGUCCAGGAGCCGCUUCCACAGAACCUGUCCAACAGCAUGUGGCACACAGUGGAAGCAUCUCUCAGUGGUUCCAUCAGUCUAAUCCGCCUCAUUUGCACUGAAGGAAACUGCACAAGAAACACAGGCACUGAGGUCCAGCUGGUUGAACAAGCCCCCGCCCUCCCCAAACCGGGAACAGUGCAGCAAAGCCUGUUCUUCGGGGCAGUGGAGGGGGGCUGGGACCCAGAGGAUGUGGCAGACCACCCACCUGGUUUCCUGGGCUGCUUCAGAGACGUGUUUGUGGGUUCUCGUCUGGUGGUGCCUGUCAGGAGCCAGGCCGAUUUCCAGGCAAAUGUGACGUUGGGAUGCAGCGACAGAGACAAGUGCAUGGAGAGUCCGUGUCAAAACCGAGGCCGCUGCGUCAGCCUCGGGUGGAGGAGCUACAGCUGUGAAUGUCACAGACCGUAUGAAGGCACCGACUGCACAGAGGAGUAUGUCACUGCCAGGUUUGGAAACAAAGACCUGCAGAGUUACGCCGUCUUCUCAUUGGACGGUUCCCCAGGCGAUGCCGUGACCGUGUCCAUGUUCAUCCGGACCCGUCAGCCCAGAGGCCUGCUCCUCGUCCUGGCCAACAGCACCAGCCAGUACCUCCGCCUGUGGAUGGAGGACGGCAGGGUCAAAGUCCAGGUCCACAACUUUGAAACCCUGGUCGGCCGGACCGUGGUCAACGACGGCCACUUCCACCUGGUGACUGUCAAACUGGACGCAUCGAUGGCCUUUUUGUUCCAGUCCACCCAGAUCCAGGCCACGAUGCACGUGAGGAACAUUCAAGCCCACCAGGGGGAUCAGGUGUUCGUCGGGGGUCUCCCAGAUCCAAGGGCCUCUGCGUCGUUUGGGGGCUACUUUAAGGGAUGUGUCCAGGAUCUGAGGGUCAACACCAGACGGCUUCAGUUCUAUCCCAUAACUACUUCAGUGGAGUCGAACCAGCUGAGGGAACUGGUUCAUGUGGAACGAGGAUGCAGCAGCGAUAACGCCUGUGCUGUGAACCCCUGUCUCAAUGACGGUGUGUGUUACUCCAUGUGGGACGACUUCAUCUGUAACUGCCCCCCCAACACUGCAGGACAGCGCUGUGAGGAGGUGAAAUGGUGCGCGUUGUCGCCCUGUCCCACGUCGGCCGUUUGCCAGCCUCGCUCUCAGGGCUUCGAAUGUUUGUCUAAUGUGACGUUUCGGGCUGAAAGUCGUCCUUUGCAUUAUCGCAGUAACGGGAAAAUAAAACGCAGCCUGGACAGCGUCUCCCUCAGCUUCAGAAGUAGACAGUCGUCUGCCACUUUACUGCAUGCACAGAAGGACUCCCACUUCCUCACUGUGUCUGUCCAGGACUCAAACCUGGUCCUAGACCUGCAGGUAGGGGUCUACAGAUCGGCCCCCCAUGUGACAAGUCUGGGUCCGGUCAGUGAUGGAGAGUGGCACACAGUGGAACUCAACAUGGAGAACCACACAUCUCCAAACUCCCCAUGGAUCUUAAACCUGGAUGGAGGUAGAAAGGAGGAGCUACUAGUGACCCCAAUAAGAGCUGGGGGUCUGGACUUUCUCAGAGACUCUGCAGACGUCUUCCUGGGGGGGAUGAACCUGGACUCUGGAGCCGGUCUGUCUGGAUGUCUGGGUCCUGUUAACAUGGGAGGCAUUCUCCUUCCUUUUCACCUGGACUCUGAGCUGAACCUCCCCAGACCCCAGGAGGAGCAGUUUGUGAGGGUCAACGUGGACGCAGCCCCUCGGUACGGCUGCUGGGGGUCUAGCGUUUGUGCACCCAAUCCUUGUCAGAACCAGGGCGUAUGUGAAGACCUGUUUGACCUCCAUCACUGCACGUGUCCUCCAGAGUGGACUGGGACGCUGUGCCGGGACCCCACGGACAGCUGCGUCUCCAGCCCAUGUAUCCACGGUAACUGCAUCAACCUGUCAGGACGAUACAAGUGUGCGUGUGAGCCAGGGUUCAGCGGUGAGCGGUGCGAGGCGGAGGUGGACAUGUGUGAAAACAGCAACUGUAGCAGCGGCGCCACAUGUCUCAAAGGCUUCCAGAGCUAUUCCUGCCUCUGUCCUCACAAUCUAACAGGUCCACUCUGCAGUGAGAAACUUCCAGAAAUCCCAUGGUACAUUGAGAUAAACCCACUUCCUCAGUUGCCUGUAUCCACAUGUAUGGGUAGAAGAUGGAACUACAGCUGCUUUAACGGAGGAAACUGCUCCAGAGAAGACCACACCUGUUCCUGUCUGCCUGGUUUCACCGGAGAAUGGUGUGAAAAGGACGUGGAUGAAUGUGCCUCGGAACCCUGCAUGAACGGAGGCUUCUGUCUGAACUACAUCAACAGUUUUGAGUGUGUGUGUGACAUGAACUACUCAGGGAUCCACUGCCAAAUGGACGUCAGCGACUUCUACCUGUACUUGUUCUUGGGCCUGUGGCAGAACCUCUUCCAGCUGGUGUCCUACCUGGUCAUGCGCCUCGACGACGAGCCAGAAAUCGAGUGGGGGUUCAAUUUUAAUGAUUAGAACCCUUCACUUCGUACCCGUCAACAGACUCCACUUCAUCAAAUCAGAACAAAUAGACACAUAAUUCCCCCCAAAUUGUCACAUAUCACUCAUUCAUUGAAUACAGCUGGUCUGUAAUAAGUUACUGAAAUCUGUUAGUGAAUACAGCAGAUGGGUAUUUAUUGUUUAACACGUUUUCUGAUUUAUAAGUUAUUUAUUUAGAGAAAUUCACUCAGGGUUUCUGCAGGUCAUUAAAAAGCAUUAAAUAGAUUUUGUAAAAAUUAAGGCCU